CUCCCCUUCCAGGCAAAGCUGCUCUCUCGUGACAGGGCAGCUAGUCACCAGUGCACAUGCAUACACACACACCCCACAACCACAGGCUGCACAUACAAAUAGCACGGGAGAUACAAUCAUUCUCACUCCCAACCCCCAAGCAAACCUGGCCACUUCCUCAGUAGCUGCUUUGUCCUGGACCUGCCUCUUUACCACGCCCCACCACCUGCCUGCAAGGAGAAGACAUGGGGACUCCUCCACCCAAGGUGAAAGGGCCCUGGACCCACCUCCAGAAACUUCUGACCUCAUGGAUGUUCAGAGAGAAAGACUGGGAUCAGCAGCUGGAUGAGGCCCACAUGCUGCAACAGAAGAGGAUUCAAGAAUCUCCACUACUUCAGGCUGCCAAGGACAAUGACCUUUGUGUCUUGAAGAAACUCCUGCUAGACAGAAGCUGCGACUUACGGCAAAGAGGAGCCCUGGGAGAGACAGCGCUGCACAUAGCGGCCCUCUAUGACAACCUGGAGGCUGCCAUGGUGCUGAUGGAGGCCGCCCCGGAGCUGGUUUAUGAGUCCACCCUCUGUGAGCCAUUUGUAGGUCAGACUGCACUGCACGUGGCCAUCAUGAACCAGAAUGUGAACUUGGUGCGAGCCCUGCUAGCCCAUGGGGCAUGCGUCUCUGCCAGAGCUACAGGAACAGCUUUCCGCCUCAGCCCCCACAACCACAUCUACUUUGGGGAGCACCCUUUGUCCUUUGCUGCCUGUGUGGGCAGUGAGGAGAUCGUGCGUCUGCUCAUUGAACAUGGAGCUAACAUCCGGGCCCAGGACUCCCUGGGAAACACAGUGUUGCACAUCCUCGUCUUCCAGCCCAACAAGACCUUUGCCUGCCAGAUGUACAACCUGCUGCUGUCCUAUGAUGGGCAUGGGGGCCACCUGCAGUCCCUGGACCUUAUACCCAAUCACCAGGGUCUCACCCCCUUCAAGCUGGCUGGAGUGGAGGGCAACACUGUGAUGUUCCAACACCUGAUACAGAAGCGGAAGCACAUCCAGUGGACCUACGGGCCGCUGACCUCUACUCUCUAUGACCUCACAGAGAUCGAUUCCUGGGGAGAAAAGGUGUCCUUUCUGGAGCUCGUGGUCUCCUCUAAGAAGCGGGAGGCUCGCCAGAUCCUGGAACAGACCCCAGUGAAGCAGCUGGUGAGCUUCAAGUGGAAGAAAUAUGGGAGGCCCUACUUCUGCAUUCUGGGUGCCUUGUAUGUGCUCUACAUGAGCUGCUUCACCAUGUGCUGUGUCAACCGCCCCCUCAAGAAUUGUAGCAGCAAUCACACAGGUUCCCGAGAUAUCACCCUUAUGGAACAGAAGCUGCUACAGGAGGCCUAUGUAACUGAACAGGAUAAAAUCCGACUGGUGGGGGAGCUGGUGACCGUCGUCGGGGCUCUAAUCAUGCUGAUCCUAGAGAUCCCAGACAUCUUCAGGGUUGGCGUCUCUCGCUAUUUUGGACAGACUGUCCUUGGUGGGCCAUUCCAUGUCAUCAUCAUCACCUCUGCCUCCCUAGUGCUGGUGACCAUGGUGAUGAGGCUCUCCAACACCAGAGGGGAGGUGGUGCCCAUGUCCCUCGGUCUGGUACUGGGCUGGUGCAGCGUUAUAUACUUUGCCCGAGGAUUCCAGAUGUUGGGUCCCUUCAGUAUCAUGAUUCAGAAGAUGAUUUUUGGAGACUUACUGCGUUUCUGCUGGCUGAUGGUUGUGGUUAUUCUGGGAUUUGCCUCAGCGUUCUUUAUCAUUUUCCAGACAGAGGACCCAAAAAAGCUAGGGGAAUUCUAUAACUACCCCACAUCACUGUUCACGACCUUUGAGCUUUUCCUCACCCUCAUCGAUGGCCCUGCCAACUAUGACGUGGAUUUGCCUUUCAUAUACCACAUCACCUAUGCGGCCUUUGCCAUCAUCGCCACACUACUUAUGCUCAACCUGUUCAUAGCCAUGAUGGGUGACACUCACUGGCGAGUGGCUCAAGAGCGGGAUGAGCUCUGGAGGGCUCAGGUCGUGGCCACCACCAUGAUGCUGGAAAGAAAGAUGCCUCGCUUCCUGUGGCCUCGCUCUGGGAUCUGUGGAUACAAGUACGGGCUAGGGGACCGCUGGUUCCUGCGAAUCGAGAGCCUCCAUGAUCAAAAUCCUUUGCGAAUGCUUCGCUACGUGGAAGCUUUCAAGUCCUCAGAUAGGGAGGAUGAACAUCUUUCUGAGAAAUAUCUCUCUGUGGUUGAAAAUGGGACUCGAGCCAGAGGCUCUCUGACCCUCCCAACGCCCUCCCUAUCCCGGACCACAUCCCGCAGCAGCAGUCACCGGGGUUGGGAGAUCCUUCGUCGCAACACCCUGGGACACUUGAAUCUUGGACUGGAGCUUGGUGAGGGUGAUGGAGAGGAAAAUAUGUAUUUAUGAUUAGAACUCCUGUUGCUCUUGACAUAGCUCCAGGUGGCCUGGGUGGGAGGCAGGGAGAGAGGCACUUUCCUUUCCUAUACAAGUAUCUAACUUCCAUGCUGUUAACAAUGGGAGGGGAUGGACAGAAUAAUAUUUGAAGGUCGUGUCUCAAACUUCAUCUAAGCAUUUCUGGAGAUGGGCAAUAGGCAAGUGUUGUCCGACACAUCCUCUGAAAACCCUACAUCUUAGGAAAAGAAGGUUUUGUUUUGUUUUUUAGCAAAGUUGGGCUUGGCCAUCAAAGCCAUGAAAUAGGGAUGCUAGACUAAUAAUAUCUGGAUCAUCUCUUUGCUUCUUGAAGGUACUGGAAAGUAGUAAGCUGUGUAGCCUGCCUGGAUCCACAUGCUUAAUGUGGGAAAAGGCAGGCAUGGCCCUGAGGUUGUGGCUCUUCCCUUUUUCCUAUAGCCCUGAAGGGCUCUCUCCCCACCUAGCAACCAAACCCCAACUAGAAGACUGUGAGAAAAAGGGUUCUUCAUCCUUGCUUUAUUUUUUUUUAAAUUUAUUGUGGUAAUAUACACAUAAAAUGAUCACUUUAAACCUUUUUAGUUAUACAAUUCCAUGGCAUUAAUUAUAUUCACAUUGUUGUUCAACUAUCACCAGUAUUUAUUUAUAGAACUUUUUCAUCAUCUUAAGGUGAAACUCUUAUACCCAUUCAACAUUAAUUCCCCAUUAUCUGCUCCCUAAAGCCCCCGAUAAUUAAUGUUCUACUUUCUUUUAUAAAUUUGACUACUCGAGG